AUGGAUUUAGAUGUAGGAAAGAAUUCAUAUCCCGACUUUGACGCGGACGCAAAUCUAAAACCCAUCCACUCUUCUAGUCCGAGUCGGGGCUCCCGUAAGUUAAAGGUCAAGUCAAAGUUUAGUAAUCUCGAAAACCGUAGACAAGUUCCAGCACUGAAGAUUGUUGAUUCAUCAGAUGGCCGGAAAGUAGUACAACGACGAAUUUCUCCGAUUAAACUUUCUAAUUCCUCUGGCAAAUGGAUUGUAAACAAGAAAGAAAUUCAGCAGCGAGUUUCUCCAAUUAAGAUCACUAAAUCCUCGGGCAAAUGGAUCGCUAACAAUAAUAGAGAAACUGCUGCACCGUUAAACUGUGUUGCUAAGAAAUAUCGAAACAAGACCAAGUCUGUUUCGUCUAUGCGUUCUUUGAACAUUGCCGUUAUGAACUGCCGUAGUGUUAGGGGAAAGGCUGCGGUACUAUCAGCAUUUAUUGAUUCCGAGAAGCCAGAUAUUAUACUUGGUACAGAGUCUUGGCUUGAACAGGACAUUAACUCAGCAGAAAUCUUCUCAAGUAACUUUAAUAUAUUUAGGAAAGAUAGGAACUCCAAUGGAGGCGGAGUCUUUGUAGCCAUCAACAAAAAGGUCCCAUGUUUUGAAAGGAAAGAUCUUGUAGAUGAGGAUAAUGAAGUUGUCUGGUGUGAAGCCUCCCUCCCUGGCCAGACUAUCCUGAUUGGUGCAUUUUAUAGACCACCGGGAGAAAAUAUAAACCCUAUUAACAGGUUGAGAGAAAGUUUAUUUAAGAUCAGCAGUUGCACCAGGUCUCCAGAUGUUAUCCUUGGUGGUGAUUUUAACGUCCCAGGAUUGACUUGGACUGCUGAUGAUGAUGUAACGUCACCUAAAGGAAACCUCCAAAUGUCCUUGUUAAACUUAAUCGACGACAAUCAUUUGACCCAGAUGGUGACUUUUCCCACAAGGCACCACCAGAAUGGAACCGAGAAUACACUGGAUCUUUUGUUAACAACACAUCCUUCCAUGAUUACACAAGUCAAGCCAGUCGCGGGUCUUAGUGAUCAUUGCACCGUUAAAGCAAAGUUCAGCACUAUCACUAAUCUUCCCAAGAAACCGCCACGAAAGAUCUUUCUGUGGAAGAGUGUAGUUCCUGAUGACUUUAAAACCAAAACUCAGGAACUGCGUAGAGAUUAUUUUGAAAGACACCCCGAGCUGAAAUCUGUUGAGGAAAAUUGGUCAUGGUUUAGGGACACACUGAAGUCAAUAGUAUCUGACACAGUGCCUACUAAGACAGUUAAGGAUAACAUUCGCAAACCUUGGUUCACGCGAAAACUCAAGCGCCUAUGUAGCAAAAAGGAAAAGGCUUACAUUAAGGCUAAGCGAUCUAAGUCACAUCAAUACUGGAUUAACUUCAUACAGAUUCGCAAGUUAGCUGACAAAUCCAUUCGGUCUGCACAUAGGCAGUAUGUUAAGGACCUAACUGAUAAUGCCAGUGUUAAAAAUUUCUGGAGAUAUGUACGUUCAACAAGGAAAGAUAACGUGGGUAUCCAGCCCUUGAAAGUCAAUGAUCAACUUUUCACUAAGGAUCAAGACAAAGCUUGUGCCCUGUCAAGACAGUUUGAAAGUGUCUUCAAUCGUCAGAGUCAAAGCCCUAACUAA